AUGCUAGUCACCCGCGCUCAGACAGCCGAUCGCGUCAACCUCCUCUUGCGCUCUUCCGCUGCCAUCGAGCCUCCACCACCGUCGCAUACGCCCACCAUGCCGCCCGCACAGCCGCGCAAGCCCGACGUCGCCGCCGCCGCCAAAGAGCGCAACGAGUACAUCCCGUCUUUCAUCUCAAAGAAACCUUUCUAUGCUGUCGACGAGAACGGUGAAGACGGCGACUAUCUCGAGCACCAGCGUCUCCAAAAGCAGGAACAAGAUUCGAAAUGGUAUGACCGCGGCAAGAAAAUUGGUCCCGCGGCCACCAAAUAUCGCAAAGGUGCAUGCGAGAACUGCGGAGCUAUGACACACAAGAAGAAGGACUGCUUGAGCCGUCCGCGGAAGACAGGCGCGAAGUUCACAGGCAAAUACAUCGAGGCCGAUGAGGCUGUUGAGGACGUGCAGCUGGGGUGGGAUGCUAAGCGCGAUCGCUGGAACGGAUACGACGCAACCGAUUUCAAGCAGGUCAUCGAAGAGUACAACGAGCUCGAAGAAAUGCGUAAGAAAGCGAAGGAUGCUGCAAAGGGCGACCAAAAUUCUGGAGACGAAGAUGAGGAUGAAGGAGACAGAUAUGAUGCUGAGACGGACAUGGGGAGGAAACAGGCUACUUCGACCCGAAAUCUACGGUUGCGAGAAGACACGGCCAAGUACCUGCUGAACCUUGAUCUGGACUCGGCCAAAUACGACCCCAAGACACGCUCUAUGGUAGACACAGGCGCGACCGCGGACAACGCUGCGGCGUUGGUGGCAGAGGAGGGUUUCAUGAAAGCAUCAGGCGAUGCAGCCGAGUUUGAGAGGGCUCAACGGUACGCCUGGGAGACGCAGGAGCGCGGCGACAGGAACAAGGUUCAUUUGCAAGCAAACCCUACAUCUGGCGAAGCCAUGCGGAAAAAGGAAUUGAAAGAGGCCGAGGAAGCCAAAGCCGCUAAGCAAAAGGCACUGCUGGACAAAUAUGGAGGGCAAGAAAAGUUCAAUGACGAUACACUUCGCCGAGCUGGCGUUACCGAGAACGAGAGGUUCGUCGAAUAUGACGAGCGGGGUCUGAUCAAGGGUGCACCAAAGGUGAAAGCUAAGUCCAAGUACCCUGAGGACGUGUACAUCAACAAUCACACGUCCGUUUGGGGUAGCUGGUGGGCGAGCUUCCAAUGGGGAUACGCAUGUUGUCAUUCAACGGUCAAGAACUCGUACUGUACAGGCUCAGCGGGCAAGGAAGCAUUCGAGGCUGCCGAGCGCAUGCGUCUGGGCACAGGCGUGCAGGAAGUCGACGAGGUUCCCAAGGCCGUGGCGCAAAUAGAAGAUGAAGCUCUGGAGAAACACGUGCCCAAUGCGACUGACAGGGAUGACAAGACAAUACGGGAUGACAAGCGGAAGAGAACACUUGAAGAGAUGAGAGACGGUGUCACAGAGGCAGAGAUGGAGGAAUACCGACGCAAGAGACAGAUGGCGGCUGAUCCCAUGGCAAAAUAUCUUGCCAACAAGGCAGCCGUGUAG